AUGUAUCGGCUCUUUCCAUACCUUCUCGCCUGCAGUUUAGCUCCAUUGGCUGGAUCUGCAUGGGCUUCCUUGAAUCACUUUCCAUACAUUAACGAAAGUGAUGAUUUUGUAAUGGUGGCCAAGGUCAAUACCACACAAGAGUGGAAGAAUUAUACCUCUUCCAAGCCUGGCUAUUGGGAUAACGGCUAUAAACACGAAAAAGAGAUAUAUUCGGACUCAGAACUGAAAAAACUGUUCAAAGUAACACUAUCGGCUAUUCAGAAAGCAACUGAAACCAAACUCAAUAGACCGAUUGAAGUACUCGGUAUUACGUAUCAUGAUGUUAUGAUUGGAGAUCUCAACAAUCUACUAGACGUCGCAAUCGAGCUUUUGCCUGGCAUGAAAGACGGCUCGCAAUUACGAAAUUAUCUCCAUAGCAUGAGAUUAGGAUAUCGCCUCAAUACUGCAGAAGCCCUUGGAUACCCAGCAGGAACUGACAUUGACCAAGAGUCCAAUCUCCUGUUACAUUUCGACUAUCAAGAUAGUCGUCUUGAGGUCUCAAUAACUGAUGGAGGGACGAAAAUAAGUUUGGUGGAACAAAGGUUCAAAAUUCCCGACUUUGGAGGUGUGGGACAGAUUGCUUCUCUCGAGAAACUUGAACACCUUGCAGCCCGUCUGAAAUACUUUGUUAAAAUAGCACUCUCAGAUUCUCAGCCACCAGAGCUCACAGAGUUCAGACGCAUCAUCUUCAGUGGCAACGCGCCCGCAUCGGAAUUUCAAAAAAUUCGCGAGACAAUCAUAAAAGUUAUCCCAGAUUUUACUGAUAGAUUCAGCGAGGGUAUCGACCCGGCGUGGGUCAGUGCAGUAGGGGCGGCAAGAAGAGCAAAGGAAUAUAUGUUGAACCCACCGAAUUGGGACUAUGAGUUCCAGGAGCAAGUCUAUGGGGACGAGUCGCAUGAUGAGCUAUGA